AUGCCGAGAUUAGAGAAGAUGAGCUUUGAGGAACAUGUAUCCAUUUCCAAAAAGAUGUUUUAUGGAGGGUUUGCUUUUUUGCCUUUCUUAUGGCUUGUUAACUUUAUGUACUUUUACAAGACAAGUCAAUUACCGAAUGCACCAAGUGAAUUAAAGAAAUACAUUUAUCUUUCAUUAACAGGUUGUAUCACUUGGUUUAUUCUAUUAACGACAUGGUACGCUAUAUUUGUCAACAAGCGAAUUGCAUGGUCAACAGAUGUAGAUGGUAUCACAGUUGUUAUACCCAAAGGAGUUUGA